ACCUUAUCCUUCCCCAAGGCCUCUCGCCAUUUCUCCCUUCUCUCAAUCCCCCAAAACCCACGCGAAUCCACCAGCCCCUUCCUUCAACUUCCUGCCCCUUGUAGGGUUUCGCCCCCCACCAACCCCUACCCCCCGGGUUACUGCUCGUGCUCUCAGCCAUGGCGACCACGACCUUCCCCACCUCGACCCCCUUCUUCGUCCAUCACGGCACCCGGCGCCCCUCCGUCAACCUCCGAACGGCCGCGGUGGUGUACGGCCGUGGUGGGCGACGGUGGCGGCCACUGCGCGUCGCCUGCGAGAAGGUGGUGGGGAUCGACCUCGGGACCACCAACUCAGCGGUCGCGGCGAUGGAGGGCGGCAAGCCCACUAUCGUCACCAACGCCGAGGGCGCGCGGACCACGCCGUCGGUCGUGGCGUACACCAAGGCCGGGGACCGGCUGGUGGGACAGAUCGCCAAGAGGCAGGCGGUGGUCAACCCGGAGAACACCUUCUUCUCAGUCAAGAGGUUCAUCGGCCGAAAGAUGAACGAGGUCGCCGAGGAGUCCAAGCAGGUUUCCUACCGCCUUGUCCGGGACGAUAACGGCAACGUCAAGCUCGAUUGCCCAGCAAUUGGCAAGCAGUUCGCCGCGGAGGAGAUCUCUGCACAGGUCCUGAGAAAGCUGGUUGAUGAUGCAUCAAAGUUUUUAAAUGACAAAGUCACCAAGGCAGUGAUCACAGUUCCUGCUUAUUUCAAUGACUCCCAGAGGACGGCUACAAAAGAUGCCGGCCGCAUUGCAGGCCUGGAUGUUCUCCGUAUCAUAAACGAGCCUACCGCAGCAUCGUUGGCAUAUGGUUUUGAAAAAAAGAACAAUGAAACAAUUCUGGUUUUUGACCUGGGAGGAGGCACCUUUGAUGUUUCAGUUCUCGAAGUUGGUGAUGGUGUUUUUGAGGUGCUGUCUACAUCUGGUGAUACUCACCUUGGCGGUGAUGACUUUGACAAGAGAAUUGUUGAUUGGCUGGCUGGGAGCUUCAAGAAUGAUGAGGGUAUUGACCUGCUAAAAGACAAGCAAGCUCUCCAGCGUCUUACAGAAGCAGCUGAGAAGGCCAAGAUGGAAUUGUCAUCGUUGACCCAAACAAAUAUCAGUUUACCUUUCAUUACAGCUACUGCUGAUGGGCCCAAGCAUAUUGAGACAACACUUACCAGGGGUAAAUUUGAGGAGCUAUGCUCAGAUCUUCUUGACAGGCUGAGGACACCUGUUGACAAUUCUCUUAGAGAUGCGAAGUUGUCACUUAAAGAAAUAGAUGAGGUGAUUCUUGUGGGUGGUUCCACAAGAAUUCCAGCUGUUCAGGAUCUUGUGAAGAAAAUGACGGGAAAGGAUCCCAAUGUGACAGUCAAUCCCGAUGAGGUUGUUGCUCUUGGAGCAGCGGUGCAGGCAGGAGUAUUGUCGGGCGAUGUGAGCGAUAUUGUGCUUCUUGAUGUUACGCCACUGUCUCUUGGUUUGGAGACACUGGGUGGGGUGAUGACCAAGAUUAUCCCAAGGAACACAACCCUCCCUACCUCCAAGUCAGAGGUCUUUUCAACGGCUGCUGAUGGACAGACUAGUGUGGAGAUUAAUGUUCUCCAAGGAGAAAGAGAGUUUGUUAGGGACAAUAAAUCCCUUGGUAGCUUCAGGCUUGAUGGAAUUCCUCCUGCUCCGCGUGGUGUUCCCCAAAUUGAAGUCAAGUUUGAUAUUGAUGCCAACGGCAUUCUGUCUGUUGCUGCGGUGGAUAAGGGCACUGGGAAGAAGCAGGACAUUACGAUCACUGGAGCCAGCACACUGCCAAAGGAUGAGGUAGAGAAGAUGGUGGAAGAAGCUGGAAGAAGCUGAAAAAUUUGCGGCGGAGGACAAGGAGAAGAGGGACGCAAUUGACACCAAGAACCAGGCAGAGUCUGUGAUGUACCAGACUGAGAAACAACUGAAGGAGCUCGGAGACAAGGUCCCAGGCGAUGUCAAGGAGAAGGUGGAGGGGAAGCUCAAGGAACUCCAGGAUGCCGUUGCUGGUGGAUCGACACAGACGAUAAAGGAUGCACUAGCUGCGUUGAACCAAGAAGUGAUGCAGCUUGGUCAGUCCCUCUACCAGCAGCAGGGGUCGGGCCCUACCCCUGGAGCUGACGGCGCUGCUGACUCUACAGGCCCAGGCCCAUCUGCGAAGACAGGCGAUGGUGGUGACGUCAUAGACGCUGAUUUUACCGACAGCAAUUGAAUAGAACAGUAGGUUAGGACAUGAUGCAACAAGUGAGUAUGAAUUUGUUCCACAGGAUUGCCUAGCAGUAUACGGGUGACCGUUUUCUUUGGAUUGAGACCUUGUUUGCUGUCAGGGUGUUGGCCGAGUUUUUGAUGUUGAGGUUUGGAGACUUCAGUUAUCAGUUUGGAUGGGAUAGAUUGGCUUUUGCUUGUUGGGAACCCGACCCCUUGGCCUUGUACGGUUAUGUAUUGGAUUUACUAACUCUCUAGAGAACUGGGUCAUUUCCUGUU